AUGCCGAAGCCUCCAUCUAAGGUGCUAAAGGAAAUACCGUAUAAAUUGCUAAAAACAAUAACAGGUGACUUCUCAAAAUUGCUUGGUAGUGGCACUCUUCGAACAGUUUUCAAGGGAAUUGAUGAUAACGGACAAGUCACUGCCGUGAAGAUUUUCAAAGAUUAUUUGGGAGGACAAAUUGUUAAGCAGCUACAGAAUGAGAUUAGUAUCACGACGGAAUUCGAAGUCGAGCAUGAAAAUAUCAUACAGCCAGUUGGGUACUGUAUCGAAAACGAAGAGGUAGCUGUCCAAUACAAUGAAAAUGAAAAAAGGUACAUGGCUUACCCGGCGACCCACGCUGCACUCUGCUUGGAGUACAUGGAAAAUGGAAGCCUUCGAGACCAUAUUUCAGAUGCGUCUGAAGGACUUAAUUGGUGCACACGGUACAAAAUAAUCAAGGGAAUUUGUGAUGGUUUGAGAUACCUUCAUGAACGACUGCAGAGUCCUGUGCUCCAUCUGAACCUGAAACCUAGCAAUAUAUUGCUGGAUGAGAACAUGGUCCCGAAAAUAUCAGAUUUUUCUUUGUCGACACGACUUGGUGAAGAAGACACCAGGAUGAUAGAACCAAAUGUUGGAACCUUGACAUACAUGCCGCCAGAAUUCAUAAACAGACUAGUAAUUUCAAAGAAAUUUGACAUAUUCAGCCUGGGUGUCAUAAUCAUAGAGACAGUGGCAGGGUUCAGUAUUUACAAAUUACUCCAGGACAUGAUGCCUUAUGAAGAGAUUAUCGAGCUCGUGCUUGCAAAGUGGACGAACAGGCUACAGGCAAUGCUGACGCCCCAGUCAGUAGUGGAAAGAUACUGCGGACAAGUAAGGACAUGCAUCCAGAUGGCAUUGAGAUGUGUCGAUCCUGACAGGCGCAGUAGGCCCAGCAUCGGAGAAGUUGUGGCUGUCCUGGAAGCAGCUGAACUGCAAGAUCCAGGCCUCAGACUUCCCUAGAUUUUCAGAAUGUACAAUAUUUAUGUGCUCAUCCAUAUAUAGAGUUCUAUAAAAUGGUGAAGUUUGCUUGUA